GCAAAAGAGCACCACUAAGCCCUCGCAAACCCUCCCUGGCUCCCACCCAAUGGCCGGCGUCCCGCCGCCGCCGCGGCAGCUCGAGGUGCGGCGCUUCGCGGCGGCCCGCGCCGGGGAGCUCCGGUCCCUCCACGCCGCAGUCUCCGCCCGCCUCGACGAUGGUGGAGGCCGCUUCCGGAAGCAGCCACGCUCCGCGCGCCGCCGCACCACGGGGCACCUCCCCAGCAAGCGCCGCCGCCGCGGGAGCGGGGAGGAUGCUGCCGGGACCGGAGAGGUGGGUUCCGCGGGGGAGGGGAGCUCCGCGCCGCGGAAGCUUUCGAGGAGGGUGAGGCGGCGGCGGGAGCUCGCUGGCAACCCCGCGGAGGGGUUCUCCGUCGCCGGCGACGGCGCGCGGCGGCUGCGCACGCAUUUGUGGCACGCCAAGAGGUUCUCCAUGGAGAGGCGGUGGGGAUUCAUCUUGCCUGUCGGCGCCCAGGGGAGAGGGAGGGGUUCAAGGAGUGUUCUCAAGCGGCUGAAGAACGGCACGAUUGUCCAUGAUUCUAGCUACUUCAUUCCAAUUGAGCUAGAUGGUCCAGAGGACUCCUUGUUAUCCAUUCUCAGAAUGGUUCUGCGCCCUUCUCCUUCAGACAGAACACCUGAUCUGAAGCAUCUACAAGCUCAAGUUAUGCGAGGUGUUUGCUAUGAGACUGCAAUGCUUUGGGAUGUUGGGAGUCUUCAUUCUCAGAUUGUUGGACCAGUAACAUACAUGUGGCGCCCAUUCUCUAGAGAAAAUGACAAGUCAGAGACUGAAGGAGAUCUGUCCACUGCUCACAGCUUUGAUGAAAAAAGCAGAAGUUCCUUACGACGCCAAUUGUGGAUAUGGAUCCAUCCUGUUGCACUUGAUGAUGGGCUUAGUGCAAUAAGAUUUGCAUGUGAGAGACAGAUUCAAGAUUCUGGUGGUGUGGUCAAAUUUUCCUCCUUAGAGGGAAAAAUUGCUAGGCUGGAAGUCAUGGGAUUCAAGGCUAUGCAAUCUCUUAAGAAGAUGUUGCAUCCGAUCAAAGCAAACAAAAUUAACAUGGUACCUGAUACAAAUCAGAAGUCCACAUCAACUGAUACUUCCCCGGAUUCCUCUACUGUCCCUCAUCUUUUGGAAGCAUCCAUUAUUGAUCAUGCUGAAAUUCUUCAGCCUCGUGCUAUACUAUCCAUGAUAGUUCAUGAUCCCAGGGAGGUGUCUGUCAAGGGAACAGUUUCUUCUUCUAAAUUGGUCUCACUUGACAAGGAGAACGAAGGCUUGGAAGAUGUAGUUCCAAAUACUGAUGAGGCGCUAUCUGAGGUCGGAAAUAUGUUUUCAUCGAUGUGGAUGCACCCUGGAAAGCAUGAUAUAUUCCUUUCUGACUGUAGAGAACUGUGGGACUCCAGUCAAAGCAUAAAUCCUCCUGUGGCAGAGGAGGUUCUUUGUACGGAGAAGCAACGUGACCGCAUAAAGUUUUUCUGCCUAGAUUCUGGAAAUGAUCAAGGGCAAACAACGCAAGAGAAUGAUAGCUUCAGUCGAUCCUGCCCAGUUGUUCUCCUGAAACAUGCCAAAAAGGGAAUGCCCUCUCUAGGGUGGUCUAUCAUUUUACCUUUGAGUUGGGUGAAACCUUUCUGGCUUUUUCUAGUAUCUCAUGGUGCACACGUAAUUGGCCUAAGAGAGAGACGGUGGAUUGCAACAAAGUUCAGAAUGCCAUGCUUUCCCUAUGAUUAUCCAGACAGCAAAGCAUAUGCAUCAUAUAUGUCCAAGGAAGCUGCUGUUUUUGAUAAAGCAGUUGAGUGCCGCCCUGCUGCCAAGAGACCUCCAAUAGUUCCUGUGCCACCUUUAUGGCACUGUAUUAUGGCUUGUUUUCACAAAGAUGAUGGCAUAUUGAGUGGUCUUGAAGUAGAUGACUUAGUGCGGGCUAAUAUCGUACCACCCAAAAAUUCGUCUGUAAAUUCCGAAUCUGGAGAUGCAGAACCAUCACAAGCAAAAGUUGCAUCCUUGCAACUUCGUGUGCCAAGAACCAUCCAAAUAUUGAGACAAGAUGUGAAAGAAUUUGAUAUGAAAUAUCUGAGUUUGUCAUCUGACAUGAUAACACAUACUGACAAACCUAACUUAACUUCUAAUGCCACCAUCAAAAUGGCAUGUUCCGUAUGCCUUACAAGAGUUCUGAUCCGAGCUUUCAAGGAAGGUUCUUUUGAAGAGGGUGCUGUUGUUUGUGCCCCAUUACCUUCAGAUCUUCCUGCUUGGAAAAUAAGAUCAGAGGAAGAGGACGAAUGCGUAGAAAAAUGGGAACUCCAGCUCCCUCAGUCCCAUGUUUGUUCCUAUUUCUCUUGGUUCGACCCUAGCAUCGGCAACCUUCAAUUGCCCAAAGAUGAUGCCGCACGGGAUGCAUUCCGGUGGCCAAUAGGCUUUGUUACUAGUGGUUUCGUCCACGGAAGCAAUGGGCAAGAUGCUGUUGCAGUGGCAUUCUGUGAGGCGAAGCUUCUUGCAUUGCUCAGGCGGCAGCAAUGGGCGCAUGAAAACUUGCAGAACAGAGAUAUCUGUGUCCUUGUCAGGAAUGCAAGAUCAGCAGCUUACCGACGAGCGCUGGCGACAAUCAUCCUGGAACAUCAAGAGUCAGACCUAGAAUUUCUGUAGUCUGGAACCUGUAUGAUGUUUUCUCACCCACUGCCAAAAUUUGCUGCAAACUGAAGCAGUCUGUAAACUGUACUAUCGCAAUUUUGAUAGAAUUAUCAUCUUUAUGUCAGUGCUUAUGGCUUCACAAUUCAAUUUUGCAUUGUUGUGUAUA